AUGAGCCAAAUCAGCCAAAAGAGCAUGAUGUGGCAAGCCAGCAAGAGCUGGAGCAUGCUUGCAGACACCCUUGGCGAGCUUUCCGAACCAGACACGGUGAGCAAGCUCCUCAGCAACACCACCAACGACAUGGAAGAAGCCCUCAGAUCCAUCAACGAAGGAAACGUGGAACAAAACAAGACCACCUUUCUUGCAGUGAGAGAAAGCCAAAACUUCCUUGACGGCCUUGCCCUCAGGCAAAGCCCAGGAGAAGUGAGCACCGCACUUGAGACCAUCGAAUUCACCAUUAGGAACAAAGUGAGCAACAUGGGCACCAUGGUGGACACCCUUGACGAGAGCACCGGCACCAUGGAGGCCAGCGAAGCCAAGGUCGGCAGCGCCAAAGUCAACGAAAGCAGCGGAGACAGCGAAGACGCUGACAGCAGAGAUCAAAGCAACAAUAGCGUUCAUUGUGUACUUAGUAUCGGUCCUCUGUGGUCUCACUCCAGCAUUGAUACUUCACCUACUGUUAGAAAUCUCAGUGAUGGAUCUCAUUAG